AUGGUUAGAACCAAAGGCAGAACUACAACCAAAACCAAACCCGCGCCGUCAGAUGCAUCUGUAUCUGCAGCGUCGUCACAAACUGGAGUGAAAAUCGGGAGAACGUUCAUCCCAAGGAUUUCCGACCAAUCUUCCACCCCAAUCCGCCAUAAAUCUCACCAUGAGUUGAUCCGUCAGGAGUCUGAAAGCUUCCGAAUCGUCAAAGCUGAAUACUAUCAACGUGUUCGCAAUGCCAGAAAAGUCGAUCCGAGGCAUCCAGGAGCGUUCUUCCCAAUCUGCUACUCCGCGAUUGGACCUGCUUGCUCUCUGGAAACUCGUCCACUCUCCCGUCUUCCACAUCACAUAAUUUCCAUUCUCAAUGACCACUACGUCCAAUUAACUCAUGGAUUGAUGGUACCAGAAGGUGAUCUGUAUAACAAUGGAGAGCAACAAGUUGAGAAACCAAUGAAGACUAUUCUGAAUGAAGCUGAAUACAAUCAAUUCAUUCAAGAACUUGAGGAAGAGGAGAAGAAGAAACGAUUGUUGGCUUUGUGCUCAACAUCGAAUGCUGUUCCACAAUUGAAUCCUUACAAUGGACAAUACUUGGUUAACGGCGAGAUGAUCGGUUGCUUUGUCAUUUACGGAUCGGGCUCCAUCACUCGUGCGGUUUGCUCCAAAACUCGCGAGGUGUUCACCGCACACGUUCUCCCGGCAUGGAAGGUGACGAAAGUCAUUGACGUCAUUCAACGACUUCAAGUCCCGGCAGACAGGGCAUCGUUUAGUCCUGAUGAAAUCCGUAUGAGUGAGAUCUGUGUCUCAAGACGUCUAGAAAUUGUCAAGAGCAACAAUAGAUGGGUCAUCUUCAACCCAUUCAUGGCCUCCACUAUCCACUCGUAUGCCUCCGAACAGUUGGAUGAGAUGACUGAGCAGGAUGUCAUGAGCAUCUUUGCUAAAUUGGUCCAAAUUGUUCGCUAUUGUCACUCCAGAAAAGUGUUAAUUCGUAACUUCCGUCCAAAGAACUUCUACUUGAAGAAAGAAGCGGAUGGAAGUUGGACUGUCCGUCCUUGCAACGUUCAGGACAUGGGGUGCGAAGAUGAGGUGCCGGAUCCAUUGCAUCCUCGUCGCACCGUUUUUGCCGCUUUCAUGGCACCAGAGAUGCUGAAAGCCGACUGCAAAACUCUCCACACCCGUGGUACCGAGAUUUGGGGACUCGGUAUCUUAUUGUACAUAUUGUUAAUCGGAAAGUAUCCGUUCCAUGAGAAGGAUAUGACUCACUUGUUUAGAACUAUCAAGUUCAAGACACACAAAUGGCCAUUCAACUUCAUUUCAACAAGAAGCAGAGCGAUCGUUAACAACUUACUCCGCAAAGUACCAGCCAACAGAAUGAGCCUUUCAACUCUUUCGGAGAAACUCAACUAUCCAUAUCCAAAUGUCAGAUGCCGCUCGAAUUUGAUUCUGAAACAGCAGGACCUCAUUGUCAAAAUGGAUCUUUUUGAUAUGUACUACAACAACUACAAGAAUAGGCUCCUCCCACAAAAUGUGAACCCAAUUAAUGAGGAAUACCUACAGUGUGAAAAGGAUUUGCCGAUUUCUGCAGAGUUGGCAAGAAGAGAUUUGCAUCUGAUCGAAGAGUCGAUCAAGACUCGAAUUGAAGAUUUCACAACUGGCUAUGAGCAAACAGUGAUGGACGCUCGUGUGGAGCAGAUCAACAGAAUCCUCUUCAGAAAAGAAAUCAUGGAAGCACGGAUUCAAAAGCGUGUUCCAAAUCCAGUCACUAUCUCAGCUGACGAAAUCUCAAAGGAGCUACUUCUCCCGACAUGUAUCUACCCAGUCAGCCAGCACUAUCAUCCAUCCCACAGCCAAGUUGAUUGGUUUGUGUUCACUGCUCUCCGUGACGCCAACGCUUUGGAGUUUCCAAAAAUCAAGAAACGAAGUGUAGUUAAAUCAUAUCCAGCUCCAGUGUUUCGUGGUGUCGACAUAUCCCAGCCAUCUUCAUAG